AGAAGAAGAAGCAAGUGCAAGUCCGCUUGCUCACUGCAUAGCGGUGACAAUUUGAAAUAAAUUCAUAAAACAAACAUUAUUCUGUUGACAAAGUCGCUCAUUUGAAAGGAGUUAGUAGGAUAAAGCGUAUUCUGUUGGCAGUCAAAAUAUUUCACCGGGUUCAGUCUCGUAAAGUGUCUUGAGAGAACAUUGCAUCAGCAACGCGUUGUAAGAGUAUUUGCUCGUGACUCGCAUCAUUCGUCAACAGAGACGCAUUGAGCCGUUUUAAGAUGGAAGAAGCAGAACUGGUGGAAUAUUUCCGAGCGCAGAUCAGAGAAGACCCAGAUGUGGCUUCAGCGGUGGCUGCUAUACGAUCGCUGCUUGAAUUCCUCAAGAGGGAUCAAAGUGAGACGAUCCUUGGCCUGCGAGAGAACAUGACAAAAGCCAUACAUAGACUAGAAGAGACGGAUUCAUCGGUGGCGGUGUCAUCUGGAGGAGAGCUCUUCCUGCGCUUCAUCAGUCUCACCUCACUGGAACAUCCGGUCGGUUCAGCAUUUCAUAAACUUAUGGCUCAAAAAUUAUGCAACCUCAAUAUACCCGUCACAGUGGUGCUUGACGCUGCAGUCGGGUACAUAAUGGAGAAGGUUGACCUGGUAAUUGUCGGUGCUGAGGGCGUUGUGGAAAGUGGAGGUGUUAUAAACAAGAUUGGUACCUAUCAGAUGGCUGUGUGCUCCAAGGCGCACAACAAACCAUUUUAUGUGGUGGCAGAAAGUUUUAAGUUUGUGCGACUCUACCCUCUUAACCAGCAAGAUGUACCCGACAGAUUCAAGUAUAAAGCAGAUAUCUUGAAAACUGUGAAAGAUCUGAACCAAGAGCACCCCAUGAUCGACUACACCCCUCCAUCCCUCAUCACAUUACUCUUUACUGACCUCGGUGUGCUGACGCCCUCUGCUGUCAGUGAUGAGCUCAUCAAACUUUACUUGUGAUGAUGACUGCUCUUCAUGAAGCAUUUGUAUCAUUGACACCAAUGUGUAUAUGACCACAAAUGCACCAUUUACUGAGAGACCUUGUAUUUGGAAAGUAUGUCACAAUCCUGAAGUUAAGAUUAAAUUACCUGUAAAAAAAUAACAGA